AAUGUAAUAAUGUAUUACUCUUGACAAUAAGAGAGUCCAUCCGUUCCCAAUGGCAUUAUCUAAUGAGGGCCAUCUGCCAUUUUCCUUUUUAACCUCUGCCUCUGUCUUUCUAAUUGUUUCAUGUAACUUCGAUGGCUGCCUCCAUGAAUCUGAAGUUGUUUCUUCUCCUCUCUGCAAUCUUCUCAAGAACAUGGGCUCUGAACUCUUCUACUUCUUCCAUAAAUUCUAUGCAUUCCCAGCUAUCAACAAUGAGAUCCUUCUGCAAGACUACACCAUACCCAGAUGUCUGUUUCUAUUCAUUGAAGCUCUCCAUAUCCAUUACUAUCGGUCCAGAUAUCCUCAACUUCCUCCUGCACACCCUCCAGACCGCAAUAACUGAGUCUGAAAAGCUCUCGAGUCUGUUUCUUACUGUCGGACAAUCAAACAUCAUCGAGAAACAAAGAGGAACCAUCAAAGACUGCCGGGAACUACACCAAAUAACGUUGUCUUCUUUACGAAGAUCGGUGGCCCGAAUCAAUUCCUCCAACCAACGAAAACUGGCCGAUGCAUCAGCAUACCUCAGCGCAGCACUCACAAACAAGAACACAUGCUUGGAAGGUCUGGAUACAGCAUCGGGUUCUUUGAAGCCAAUCCUCGUGAACUCCAUAACUAACACUUACAAACAUGUGAGUAAUUCUCUCUCGGUUGUGUCCAGGCAAAGGGAUAAAAAGGGCACCAACAAUCGGCGCCUCACGGGUGUUCCAACAUGGUUGUCAAGGAAAGACAGUCGGAUCCUGGAGAGCUCAGAUGAAGAAUAUGAUCCGGGGCAGGUGCUGACGGUGGCUGCAGAUGGAACAGGAAACUUCACUACAAUCACCGAUGCCAUCAACUUUGCCCCAAAUAAUAGUUACAACGAUAGAACGAUCAUCUAUGUUAAAGGAGGGACUUAUGAGGAAAAUGUGGAAAUCCCAAUUUACAAGCCCAACAUUGUCCUGUUUGGAGAUGGAAGUGAUGUCACUCUCAUUACUGGCGACAGAAGUGUGGCCGAUGGCUGGACCACUUUCGGAUCUGCAACUCUUGGUGUGUCUGGCGAUGGAUUUCUGGCACGAGACAUAUCGAUCGAGAACAGGGCUGGACCAGAGAAACAGCAAGCUGCUGCCUUGAGAGUAAAUGCUGACUUGGCCGCUUUGUACAGGUGCUCUAUCGAUGGUUACCAGGACACACUAUACGUUCAUUCCUUCCGACAGUUCUACCGAGAGUGCGACAUUUCAGGGACAAUAGAUUUCAUAUUCGGGAAUGCAGCGGUGGUUUUCCAGGGUUGUAACAUCAUCUCCAGAAUGCCAAUGCCUAACCAAUACACGGUUAUAACAGCACAGUCUCGCGACAACCCAGAUGAGGACACCGGAAUCUCCAUACAGAACUGUUCAAUCCUAGCUACGGAUGAUUUGAGCUCCAAUUCCGGCAGGUUCAAGAGCUACCUCGGGCGGCCAUGGAGGGUGUAUUCUCGGACGGUCUACCUCGAGUCCUACGUCGGCGACUUCAUCGACCCAACUGGGUGGAUUCAAUGGCCGGGGGGUCAAGGUUUGGACACGUUGUAUUACGGGGAGUAUAACAAUUACGGUCCUGGUUCAUCAACGGACGGUCGGAUUAGUUGGCCGGGGUAUAAUGUAAUGGAUUAUUACGAUGCAUAUAACUACACGGUGUCGGAGUUCAUUACUGGUGAUGCCUGGUUGGAUUCCACCUCGUUUCCUUACGACCAAGGCAUUUAGGUUGGUAGGUUUUGUACUUUUCUUCCCUGUUUUGUAAAACUUGAGUGGCCAUAAUAAGUUCGUGGUCUUUAGAUUCUAAUGCAUAAUAAUGUCUUGCUCUGUAAAAGCAGUACUGCAUUUGUUUUAUUGCAUUACUAAUUUAAAG